AUGCACACUCGUCCCCCUCGUCGCCCUCGACGAUCGCUAUACCUUCCAGAUGAUACGUCGGAAUCGGAAGCUAAUGUCAGCACCAGGACUACAAGGAAAACUCACUCAGCUACUGCUCAGAUACAAGUACCUCAAGCACAAGCACCAGUUUCGACUGAUGAGCUGCGCAGAUCUCCCCGCAUAAUUUUAAAAAUGCCCGCUGGUAAACUGCGCGAAGCUACUGGAAGCCGUUCUGGCCUCGAACCCAAAAAGAAGCUUGUUGAGAUCCAAACAUCGGACGACGAUUUAGAGGAUCAAGAAGAAGAUGAGGUCGAUGAUGAGGAUGCAGAAGCUGACGAGGAUAUCGAGAUGGAUGACGCUCCGUCGCAACCACCGCCAAAGCGAAGUACCAAGGUAGCUGCACCAGCCCGUGGCAAAGCAGCCAAGACAGUCGAAGAGAAAGAAAUUGAGUUGGAAGACGACGAGGAAGAGGGAGACGAUGAUGAGGAAGAUGACGAAGACCAUCUCUCUGUGACAGACUCUGAUGCGGAAGGGGAGCCUGAUGACCAGGAUGAGGGUGCUAUACCCGAAGCCAACGUUGAUGAGCUGGAGGAAGAAGACGAUGACGAUAUGGAUGAAGAUAUGGACAGUGAUGUCAAUGCCAUGGGUAGCGGCAAAACAACUAAGCGCCAACGUGGAAAUCUGGGCAACGAUUUCCUACAACUUCCUAUGGAACCUCAAGUCAAGAAGCAUUUGACUGCUGAGGAACGUGCAAUGCGCCGAGCCGAAAUGGCACGACGACGAAAGAAUCUGAGCGAGAAGCGCAAUGAAGAAGAAAAGAUGGACACGAUCAACCGGCUGCUCAAAAGACAGCCUCCUAAGAAGCGCGGUCGACAAGCAGCAGCUACUGCUGAAGGCGUUGAAACUACACCGGCCGAUCAAGAGCCCGCGGAAGCCCUGAAGGCCGAUCCCACAAUGGUGCGAUGGGUCAGCAAUGCAAGUGGCUCAACCCUGAAUGUACCUCUAGAGUGGCUCGGAACACCUGCUGGCCGCUUGUUCGGUGCCAAUGGAAGUGGCAAGAUGGUUGAGGAAGUAUUGUAA